ACCCGGAAGUGCUGCUGCCGCGGGGAGCCGAGAAAAGAGAUCGCGAGCCCUGAGGCGCACGGGUGGCGGCCGGGCGUUGUCGUCAGUAUGCAGCGGCUGCUCCUUCCAUCUUUGAAGGCCUUGAUGCGGAGCCGGUGUGCACCGCCCCUGGGCCCUGGGGGGGCUCCCAAAGCACAGGGUGGUGACAGUUACGGCAUCCAGCGCCCUGUGCAGCCAGUGCAGUACAGCACCGUCACUGAAGUGGCCUUGCAGUCUGGAAAGGGUGCAGUGUCGCUUCCCUCGAAGGCGGCUGAGCGGGUCGUGGGCCGCUGGCUCCUGGUCUGCAGUGGAAUGGUGGCUGGGGCAGUGAUUCUUGGCGGAGUGACUAGGUUGACAGAGUCUGGCCUCUCCAUGGUAGAUUGGCAUUUAAUAAAAGAGAUGAAGCCACCUACAAACCAAGAGGAAUGGGAAGCAGAAUUCCAGAAAUACCAACAAUUUCCAGAAUUUAAAAUCUUGAAUCAUGAUAUGACACUGGCCGAAUUCAAGUUCAUCUGGUACAUGGAAUACUCACACCGCAUGUGGGGUCGUGUUGUAGGUCUUGCAUACAUCCUGCCUGCUGCCUACUUUUGGAGAAAGGGCUGGCUUAGUCGUGGCAUGAAAGGCCGCGUUCUUGCUCUCUGUGGCUUGGUCUCCUUCCAGGGUCUGUUGGGAUGGUACAUGGUGAAAAGUGGAUUAGAAGAAAAGCCAGAUUCCUACGACAUCCCUCGCGUCAGUCAGUACCGCCUUGCAGCCCACCUCGGGUCAGCCCUGCUUCUGUACUGCGCCAGCCUGUGGACCUCGCUCUCGCUGCUGCUCCCUGAGCACAAGUUGCCUGAGACCCGCCAACUCCUAUGGUUGAGACGGUGUGCUGCUGGAACAGCAGGUCUCGUGUUCCUUACAGCUCUCUCAGGUGCUUUUGUGGCAGGGCUGGAUGCUGGUCUUGUUUACAACUCCUUCCCCAAAAUGGGAGAAUCCUGGAUCCCAGAGGACCUCUUCACCUUCUCCCCCAUCCUGAAGAAUGUUUUUGAGAAUCCCACCAUGGUGCAGUUUGAUCACCGGGUUCUGGGAAUCACUUCCGUCACUGCCAUUACAGUGCUUUACUUCCUGUCCCGGAGAAUUCCCCUUCCUCGAAGGACCAAGAUGGCAGCAGUGACUCUGCUAGCCUUGGCGUACACACAGGUGGUCUUGGGCAUUAGCACUCUGCUGAUGUAUGUUCCGACGCCUUUGGCUGCCACUCACCAGUCAGGCUCUUUGGCUUUGCUUAGUGGUGCCCUUUGGUUUAUGAAUGAACUACGAAGAAUUCCCAAAUAAUUUAGAGGAUCAGCCUCUUAGGAUUGAAACUGCUUUUGAGAGUUCAUCCAAGAACACAGAACUUGGGCUUUCAUAUGAAGAUGACCUAAACAUGCCAGGUGGUUUCCAGAUU